CCCCAAUAAAUGAAUAAAUAACUCUGCAAAACGGAUCAUCGUCAACGUCCACUGUUGAUACCGGAAAAAAAAAAAAGCAGCAGCAGCAGCAACAAACCCUCGAAAGUGCUCACCUUCUCCACUCAAUAAGCUGCUCUGUUUCUCCUUUUCUUCAAAAUCAGCUUUCUCCAUUUCUCUCAACCUUUUUUCCCGCCUUUUUAAAGCCCUUAUUCACAUGCAGCUCCAAAUGCUUUCCAACCCUCGGUUCCUUGUUAACCCGAAUCGGAACUCUUCUCUCCCUUCUUUUUCUUCUCCUUUCCUUUCUCCUUCCAACAAUCUCACCAACUUCUCUUCAAUUUUUCGUUCGCCUCCCAAUCUACUCUCAGCUUCUCUACAAUCCAAAGUCCUCACCUCCGCAAGGAUGUCUUCCAAGUCUGCACUUUCCGAUAAUGCUCAAUCUGUUGAGUUAGGGCUCGACGAUUGUCAGCUCGAUCGCUUCGCAGCUGUUGCUAACCAGCUGGCCGACGCCGCCGGCCAAGUUAUCCGCCAGUACUUCCGAAAGAGCUUCGAAAUCCUCGAUAAAGAGGAUUUAAGUCCUGUUACAAUUGCUGAUCAAGCAGCUGAAGAGGCAAUGGUCAGGAUUAUACAAGAGAACUUUCCUUCCCAUGCAAUUUAUGGAGAAGAGAAGGGUUGGAGGUGUAAGGAGAAAGUUGCGGACUAUGUUUGGGUAUUGGAUCCAAUUGAUGGAACAAAGAGCUUCAUCACAGGAAAACCAUUAUUUGGGACUCUUAUUGCUCUAUUAUACCAAGGAAAACCGGUUCUUGGCAUAAUUGAUCAGCCUAUUUUGAGAGAGAGAUGGGUUGGAUUAAAUGGGAGGAAAACUACUUUAAAUGGACAAGAUAUAUCUACACGUGGCUGUGCAAAACUCUCACAAGCUUAUCUGUACACAACCAGCCCACAUCUAUUCAAUGGAGAUGCUGAGGUGGCUUUUGCUCGAGUCAGGGAUAAGGUUCAUCCUCUAUGUCCAAGAAACAAUCAGAUAGAUGCGUAUAAAUUUCUAUAAACGUUUAAGAAUGUUGCGUAACCUGUCAUGGUAUCAGUUAAGGGUGGUUGCUGUGCAUUGCAUACAUGCACAAGCACAAAAAAUGACAGAUGCAUAUAAAUUUCUAUAAAUGUUUUGAGAAUGUUGCUCUACUGUCAUGGUAUCGGUUACUGGUGGUUGCUGUGUGUUGUAUACAUGCACAAGCAUACUAUAUGAAGAUGCAGCACAUGAAGAUGGUUAACGAUCCAGCUUAUGUUUAUCUUUGUUUUUCUUUCAUGUGUUCUUGAAGAUUUUUUGUUCUUAGAACUGUUGCCUUGCAUUGCUUUUAGGCUCUUUUGAUGGACAUGCUUUAUUUCCUUACAAGCAUCUUAGAGUUGUGCUUCUGUUGUAGUUGAUAGAUAUCCUCUUUCACUUCCUUUGUAAGGCAGUUUGCCAUAUAUUGGAAAAACCAUUGUUCAUGGAU